CAUGUAGUGUGACAUGACAGUGUUGUCUGCUGUCAGGCUCUUGUUUCUACCAGUAGCUGACACAGCCAGACUGUCAGGCUGACUGUCAGACAUGGACAAUAAAAAAGCAGCAGAGGAUCUGACUGAUUACUUUAAAACAUACUUUGGGAACAAUCUUCAAAAAGAGCUACUGAAAGCUCCCCCAUCCACUGACUAUGUCUUGGCUCCCACCACUCACCUCAUCAGGAAGAGAAGAGAGGAGCUGGACAUACACAAAGCCAUGGAGGCCCUUCAAGAGGUGAUACACGCGCACACACUGACUUCUGACCCUUUGCCCGCUCCUCCUGUGUGUGUGUGUGUCUAUCAGGACUUUGCCAUGACCCUGAUGGCCCAGCGUGUCAGAGAUAAAGAGCUGAAGGAGAGGGAGGUUAAGUUAAAGGAAUACCUCAGAAACUUCAACGCGUUUCUCCAGGAGAAUAAAUUGAAAAACGUCCGUGCGUUGAAGAUAGCAGUGAAGGAGAGAGAGCUAGCUCGUCAGAAAGCAGGGAACCUACUCAUCCUGAAACAGGAGCUCAAGGCUCUCACUAAAGAGAGAGUAAAGAUUGCCGCUCUUGUAGAGAAACAUGAAAUCUACUCCCGCUUUCUAGAUAAAGUGGUCAAAGCCAGCAAGCAGGUAAUGAGAGAUAUGAUAAGAUGGAAGAGACCAUCUCCCCAUAGAGGGGGUCCAGUUUGUAUAGUUGAGGAGGCAAGUAACCAUUUUGUGAACAUUAUUCUAACAGUGUUAGAAUCCUCUCAGUUCCAGGAGGCGUGGCAGGUGAUGUCCAGGGUGGACACUCUGGUCCAGACCAGGGAAGAACUACUGACCAGCAUCAAGCAGAACCAGGAGUGUUGUGAGACGGUCCGGACCCAGCUGACCCAGUACCUGGAGCAGAACGAGGACCGCCUGCUGCACUACAACAACAGGCUGGCCAAGCUACAUAGGAUUCUGGACAGAGUACACAGUGAGACCAUGCUAUGGGAGUCUCGGUGGGCUCACAUCCAAAAUACGGCAACUACGAAGACCAUGCUCCUGGCCACCAUCAAGAUGGCCACCGUCAACCUGUACCAGACUACCAACAAGAAGGCCCAGGAUGGGUGGGGCGAGGUCGCUCUGAAGGACACUCUCAAACAGCUGGAUAAGGUUCAGAAAUUCCUCUCCAACCUCCAUCUGUAUUUGGGAGAAGGUCAACCAAGUACAAACAAGUCCACAUUUCCAACCCUAACCCACCUUACCCUGAAUCAUAUACACACUCUAAAGCCUCUUACUAAAGACUGA